AUGGCGGCCGCCAAGUCACCAAAGUUCUCUGUUAAGAAUGUCCUUGAUUUGGCAGACUUGUAUAAGUCAGGCAAAACAUUGAAAGAUGAUUCUUGGGCUGCUUUUCAUAGAAUAUUCAAAAUUACUAGUGCCACUGGCAAAAUGAAUACGCCGAGAGAGUUCGACUCGAAACUUGUAAAGUGGUUCCACRUAGACGGCGAUUCUGGACCCGAAGAAUCAAUUCAUCGRGCUCGUGAACAGACUGUCGUGCGUGUAUUUGAUCGUUGGUCAUGCAACCAGACAUGUUUCAAUGCUGCAAGAGCCUGCAAACCAUACAACACAAGAGAUAGAUUUGAGCCAUUAAAAAGAGAGACCUCAACUAUUGAUGGACCUGUUGAAGGUUGUGACUUUUGUCAGCCAUAUCAAUUCACAGCUGAAGAUGUCUUUGGAAGGUUAGAAAACGAUUCUGUUCUGACAGCAUCUAAUGUAGCCAAGUAUGAUGCGCUCCAUACAAUGGUCAUCUUCAAGGAACAUGCACCAAGUCAUAUUACAAAGACUAAAGUAUUUGACAUGUUUGAAAUAGCAAAGCARUGGUUUGACAUCACACAUGAAAAACACCCCAACUUUGUCUACCCAAACAUUUCCUGGAACUGCAGGUCAAGAGCUGGUGCCUCUCAGCACCAUGGCCAYGCCCACAUGUGUCUUGCCGAAGAGUUCCACUAUGGGCAUUGGGAACRYUUAAAGCAGGUGUCUAAACUGUAUGCUGACGAAUACCCUGGAAGGAAUUAUUUUGAUGACUUUGUAGAGGCCCAUCAUGUACUGAAGCUUGCACAACCCAUCGGCRAUGCCUGGCUACUGAUCCACCUUGCACCAUAUUGUGGAUAUGAAUURAAGGUUUUAUGCUGGGAUUUGACAGAAGACUUCAAGACUGCUGUGUACAAGGCUGUAAACAUGCUUGUCAAUGAGUUCAACUCACAAUGCUUCAAUGUCUGCAUUCAAUUUCCACCCCUUCAGAAUGGCAACCUUCGUCCUCCAACUGGCUCACCAAAGCRUAUGAAGUUUGAAAAACCRAAUGGGAGUAAGAUGCCUUUCAUAGCUCAUUUAGUUGACCGAGGGGACAUUAAUAAAGGGACAUCUUCUGAUGUAUGCAGUAUGAGGAUUUAUGGUAGUGCUAUAGUCAAUGAGGACCCUUUUAUUUUAGCAAAGAAGCUGGAAUGGUUAUGAUAAUAUAAACUUUUGAUAUUCAUGCUGAUUUUAUUAAUUUUUCAAUUUAGACAAGGUGAAUUCACUGAUCAAAGCUACAUUGUAUAAAAAUCAAUUCAUUCUAUAGAUUCACCUUUUGUUGCCAAGCAACACUGUGGAUCGUAUUGGAAUUUUGAAAAUGUUUCUUUAAUCCAAUAACACUACAUAUUAAGGAAAAAAAUAUUAUUAUUGAACAGCUUGUUUUUACCUUUUCCAUUUUUUCUAUUUAUGUUUUAAGACUGUCCAGUGCAGAAUGGUCUUCUCAAUCAACCAGAACAGUUUAAAAUAUGGCUGAUAUAAAGCAAAUCAAUCAUUUGUUAAAACUUUACUUGACAUCUGGAAUGAUCACUGAAUAAGAACUAUCAUUUAGAAACUAUUUACAUUUUAUUUCAAAGAAAGAAAAUGCACUCUAGGAGCCUUGAAAAGCGCACUAUUUUUAUAUUAAUGAGUAGGAAUAAUAAUACUAGUURGUAUAGCUAUAGUUAACUAAUACUAACAAACUAGGAAUUUUACCAAACACAAUUCAGUUGUUUGUCUUUUUAUUCGUCAAAUCCAGUAAUAUACACAUACAUUUAAUGCCUAUAAUAUGAUUCAAAGUUAGAAGUAUAGAAUGGUCCUUUUAUAUGGAAAACAAACGGAUGUAAAGAUGUGAUCCAGUUUCUUUUCCUUAUGCCAUUCUACACUCCUAACCUACACUACUAUAUAUUGUACAAUCAUUAUAAAAACUGUCACAGAGCACAACCCAUGACAGCUUUCUCUGUGCUUUACACAAAAUGUUUAUCAGCUUCAUUGAAUGGAUUGUUUUUUGAUUAAAUUCUAAAGAAYGACAAAGUCAGUGCAACUAAUUCCUGAAGAAAGACUUUCAUGGGGUUCGCAWGUUCAAUUUUACAUUUACAGAGCUAGAUAGUGAUGUCAUUACAGUAAACAAUGUGUGUACACAACCACUUUYAGUAUUAAAGAAUAACGUUUGCAAAGCAAAA